UAUCUGAGCGAGCACCUGACACGGGCGACUUUUUCUUUCUUUUUUCUCCUCCCGUCUCUCGGGUAAGAUGGAGGUAGAAAGCGAAGCCAGCUGCUCCCCCAGCCGCGCAUCAGGCGGGUCCAGAGAGUACAAGGUGGUAAUGCUGGGAGCUGGGGGAGUUGGUAAAAGCGCAAUGACAAUGCAGUUUAUUAGUCAUCAGUUUCCUGAUUAUCAUGACCCCACUAUUGAAGAUGCUUAUAAGACCCAGGUUAGAAUUGACAAUGAGCCAGCUUAUUUGGACAUUUUGGACACUGCUGGUCAGGCAGAAUUCACAGCCAUGCGGGAGCAGUAUAUGCGAGGUGGAGAGGGAUUCAUCAUCUGUUACUCUGUCACUGACCGCCAGUCAUUCCAGGAAGCUGCCAAGUUUAAAGAGCUCAUUUUUCAAGUCCGCCACACCUAUGAAAUUCCCUUGGUGCUGGUGGGUAACAAAAUUGACCUAGAACAGUUCCGCCAGGUAUCUACAGAAGAAGGCUUGAGUCUGGCCAGGGAAUAUAACUGUGCUUUUUUUGAGACUUCUGCAGCCCUCAGAUUCUGCAUUGAUGACGCCUUUCACGGUCUAGUGAGGGAAAUCCGCAAGAAAGAGUCCAUGCCAUCCUUGAUGGAAAAGAAACUGAAGAGAAAAGACAGCCUAUGGAAGAAGUUAAAAGGCUCAUUGAAGAAGAAGAAAGAAAGCAUGACAUGAUAUCCUUGCUUCUAACUCCCUUAUUCUCUUUCUGAAUUUUAUCAGUUGGACAAUUCCAUGUGUUGCAUUUGGCUUCAAUAUUUUCUGUCUCUCUCUCCUUCUCUUUAAAUAUCUGCCUAUAGGUAAAAGCAAGAUCUGCAUAACUGUACCUCUUGAGAUAGUUUUGUUUUGCCCUUAACAGUUGGAUGGAUUUUGUCAAUCAGCUGGAUAUGCUGUUUAAGUUUUUACAAUAUAUUACUAAAUAAAAUUGACAUUCCAAUUGCCUCAUUUCCCUUUAAAGAG